AAUAAAAAUCUCACUUCGUUACUUUCUCGGGAAAAUUUUCCUAAUCCCAAAACCUAGUUUCCAGAUCUUUUCUUUUCACAGAUUUUCUCUCCUGGGUUUUGGAUCUACACAAUCUUUCUUUCCUCUUACCUUCUUAGCUUCUUCUAUGAAUCUGUUCAUCGUAAUUUCAGAUUAUUGAUAUAUGAUUCCUUUUCUCCAAUCUCUUCUCAGAGAUGGGUGAGAGAUCAAACUCACGUUAUCUCGGAGUAAUCAUCACUCGAAAAUCUAAAAUUUUCUUGUCGAUAUCGAUCCUCACCGUCCUUUCUUGGUUCUUAAUCUUUUCUUCCACAAACCCUAACCGAGUUCUUGAUUACAUCUCAGUAUCAGAAUCCACAGAUGUACCUCUCAUCAUCAUCAAGAACUCAAACAGUUCUCCUCAAAACAACGCCCUAUCACCAAAUCCCCAAAAUAGAGGAGGAGCACAAACAGAGAGACCCACUAAUGAAAACAGAGGAGGAACAAAAACAGAGUCAUCCAUGAAUCAAAACAGAGCCAAAACCCUCCGGUGUAUCCAGAAGGUUUCUCCUUAUCCAAGGCCAUUGAAAGUCUACAUGUAUGAUAUGAGUCCAGAGUUUCACUUUGGGUUAUUAGGUUGGAAACCAGAGAGAAACGACGUCGUUUGGCCAGAUAUCAGAGUCAAUGUUCCUCACCAUCCAGGUGGUCUUAACUUGCAGCAUAGUGUUGAGUACUGGCUAACAUUAGAUCUUUUGUUCUCUGAGCUUCCAGAAGAUUCUAGAAGCUCUCGGGCCGCGAUACGUGUAAAGAACUCGAGUGAAGCUGAUGUCGUGUUUGUGCCGUUCUUCUCUUCAUUGAGCUAUAACCGAUUCUCUAAGGUUAACCAAAAGCAGAAGAAGAGCCAAGACAAAGAGUUGCAGGACAAUGUGGUGAAAUACGUAAUGUCCCAAAAAGAGUGGAAGAUCUCAGGAGGGAAGGAUCAUGUGAUAAUGGCGCAUCAUCCGAAUAGUAUGUCGACGGCAAGGCAUAAGCUAUAUCCGGCGAUGUUUGUGGUCGCUGACUUUGGUAGAUACUCACCACAUGUUGCCAAUAUUGAUAAAGACAUUGUUGCUCCAUACAAACACCUUGUUCCAUCGUACGUUAAUGACACAUCGGGCUUUGAUGGCCGUCCGAUCUUGCUCUACUUCCAAGGAGCCAUCUACCGCAAAGCUGGUGGAUUUGUGAGACAAGAGCUAUAUAAUCUUCUGAAAGAAGAAAAAGAUGUCCACUUCUCUUUUGGCAGUGUAAGGAACCACGGCAUAACUAAAGCCGGAGAAGGAAUGAGAUCGUCUAAGUUCUGCCUCAACAUAGCCGGGGAUACUCCGUCCUCGAAUCGCCUCUUCGACGCCAUAGCUAGUCACUGUAUUCCCGUGAUCAUUAGCGAUGACAUCGAGUUACCAUAUGAGGAUAUCCUCAACUACAACGAGUUCUGUCUCUUUGUCCGAUCAUCAGACGCUUUAAAGAAAGGGUUUCUGAUGGGUCUUGUGAAGAGUAUUGGGAGAGAAGAGUAUAAUAAGAUGUGGCGGCGAUUGAAGGAAGUGGAGAGGUAUUUCGAUUUGCGUUUUCCGUCCAAGGAUGACGACGGAGAUUAUGCAGUUCAGAUGAUUUGGAAAGCUGUUGCGAGGAAAGCUCCUUUGGUGAAGAUGAAGGUUCAUAGGUUUCAGAGGUUUACAAGGCCUUUUUAGGGGUUUUUGGGAAUGAUUUAGAUAGAAAUGUAUAAUGAAUAUAGUUUUCAAUU